AUGCUUUUUGGAAUAGUUGAUUAUUUAGUGUUCUUUUGCACUAUUGGAAUAUCCUUUGCAAUUGGAGUUUUCUUUGCAGUGUUGGAGAGGAAAAGAAACACCCCUGUGCACUAUUUUCUUGCGGGCAGGAACUCGAGAACAUGGCCUGUUGCACUGUCAUUUAUUGUUACAUUUCAAUCAUCUUUAAUGAUUCUCGGGUAUCCCGCGGAAGGAUAUGCAUAUGGCAUCGGAAUUGCAUACAAUGUGCUCGGUACUAGUGCCGCUUUCAUUUUCAGUGCGUUUUUUAUUGUACCAGUCUUCCAUCCGUUGAAAUUAACCAGCGUUAACGAGUACUUCCGUUUAAGAUAUGGAAACAACCGUGUCCGGUAUAUGACACUAGUCGCUGGAAUAAUAUUCAGUUUGUUCUACAUGGCAACAGUGAUGGUUGGGAGCUGCGUUGCCCUCGACGUCGUUCUAGGAAUUCCGUUCUGGGGGACAAUUCUUAUCUAUACAAUUGUUACAACUAUAUAUACCGCAAUUGGUGGAAUAAAAGCAGUGAUUUGGACAGAUGUGUUUCAGCUUGUAGUCAUGGUAACUGGGAUGAUUGGAGUCCUAGUAAAAUCAACCACCGGGGCAGGAGGAGUAGACCGCGUGUUUGAGUAUGCAAAAGACAGGCUGGGUUCAACGACCUUUAGAUUUGAUCCAACAAUACGUUACCAGCUGAUGGCAGCUUUUGAAGGUGUGACUAUAUUUGCAUAUUAUGUGGCGAAACGAUGUGACAUAUUUGAUGCGGGAAUUGUUGAUAACAUCAAUGCAAUAUUACCUUUUGUUGUUCUGGAUUUAUUUCAAAAUUUACCCGGAUUAGCGGGAUUGUUCACAGCUUCACUGUCAAGCGCGGCUCUCAGUACCAUGUCUUCCUGCCUCAGCAGCUUGUCUGCAGUAACAUAUGAAGACAUCAUAAAAGUCAAAUUUCCAGAUAUGCACGCAUAUAAAGCCACAAAACUAUCAAAAAUGAUUGUUUUAAUGUAUGGACUUAUAGCCUUAGCACUUGCAUUUGCAGUGUCAUUUAUUCCAGGAUCCGUUGUUGCUAUAUUUGUAACUUUUAUGGGAUGUUUUGACGGGCCAUUAGUAGCAACCUAUUUAUUGUCUGUGAUGUAUCGUAAAGCAACUACAAACGGUGUUAUAAUAGAUAUAUGUUAUAAUACAAUAUGUGCGUCUGUGAUCGUAUUUUGGCUGAACAUUGGGAGCCGCUUUUCAGGCAUGCCGCCGUAUCCAUACCUGCCCCCAGGUCCAACUGAUCAGUGCAGCUCGUACCUAGAUCCCGCUUUCCUUAAUGGUUCAACUUCUGCCGUUUAUCCUGCUACUAAUAACAUAACACUGGUCUCAGUAACACAACAUCUUCCAACAUUAACAACAACAACAACAGCACAUUCGUCAGAUCAAGAUGUUAGCAACCUCUCCGCACUCUCCGCACUAGAGAAGAUAUACAGCAUUUCGUACCAAGUUUUCUCCCUUGUAGGCAUGUUGACCUCCCUCAUAAUAGGACUAUUAGUAAGUUUAUGUACAAGUCCACCCAAGCAGAUUGAUCAGCGAUGUUUGUUUUCGUUUAGAAAACACAUUCUAGAGGAAAUAUGUGAACACAAGUCUUCAACUGAUUUCGACGAUAAGGAUGAAACUGAUUCAGAGGAAGUGACAAAAAUCAUGGCAAAAGAUGAAGAAUUUUGA